AUGUCAACAGAAAAACAACAUGUGAUUUUAGUUACAGGUGCCAAUAAAGGAAUUGGUUUUGAAGUUAUGAAAAAACUUCUCAAAUCAUUUUCAAAAGAGAAUAAAGAUCUUAUUCUUCUUGGUAGUCGAGAUUUAAAACGUGGUGAAGAUGCGUUUCAUUCANACUGGAAGCAGCUGGAAACAUACAAACACGGUGAUUAUGAGGCAGCGCUGUGGUGUUACAAAGAAGCACUUACAACAACAGAAAAAAUUCUUCCUUUAAAUUAUGAAUAUUUGGCUACUUGUUAUAACAACAUUGGUGCAGUCUAUGAUAAUAUGAAAGAUUAUUCACAAGCACUUUCAUUUUACACGAAAUCAAAUGAGAUUCUACAAAGAAUUCUUCCGGAAAAUCAUCGGAAUAUGGCUACCUCCUAUAACAACAUUGGCAAUACUCAUCAACACAUGGGAGAGUACUCGAAAGCAUGUUUAUUCCUUGACAAAGCUCUUGAAAUUUUACAAAAAUCUCUUCCAUCAAAUCAUCCUUUAAUAGCUACAGCUUUUACCAAUAGCUCGUACAUAUACUAUGCAAUGGAAGAUUAUUCCAAAGCUCUUUCUUAUCUCGAACAAGCUCGAGAUAUUUGUACUCGUUCAUUACCUCCUGGUCACAUUCAAUUUCGAACUAUGGAGCGAAGACUUGAAGCGAUAAAACAGAAAUUGGAAAACCAAAUUUGA